GAUGGCCACUUGUCGCCUUGUGUGAGUUAUUUGCAUCCAUCUAGGAAAACGAGCAUUGAACCGGCUCACGAAGGCCAUGUUCCGUCCGCAGAUAAAUCCGUCUCAAAAUAUACGGGAGAAGAUGCGGCUGUUUGAGCAAGAUGCCAGCCUAGACUUGGGCUUCAACCGCCAUCCCUCCCAACUGCAUCACCAUAGAAGAAGAUACUCGGAUAGUAGCAGCAGCUCGUCGUCGCACGGCAGUGGGGCCGCCCCGUCGUAUCAGAAUCAGAACCAGGAACCGAAGCCGAACGCCCACCACACUAGAAUGAUGCCUCCGAUCAACCAUUCGCAGGGCGCCAUGACCGACUCGCAGGGAUUGAUCGUGCCGAAGAAGCUGGCCAACCCCUGCCUCGAAUCGAUGGACCGACAGAACCUGCACCGGGAGCUUAUGUUCAAUCAGAAAAUGGGCAAGAGCGUGCUGAACCAAAAAUCGGAACUCCAGCGGGCGCUCGAGAAGCAGAAGGAACGCCAGGUGCUAGCCGCCCAGAACGUGGCCAAGCAGCAAGCCCAGGAGCAAACCAUCUCGAACGAGCUCGGCCGGGUGAUAAUGCAGCGGGCGGCGCGCCUGGAGCAGAAAAGCCUCGCCGCGGCCGCCGCCGGUUCCCAGCAGGACCAACCGGACUCCAUCAAUCCGGAGUAUCUGAAUGCGCGUGCCAAACUGCGCGCCACCCAGGCGCCGGUCUGCUCGAAGUAGAGAGCGCCGGCGGCGGGCUGAUCGCACGGCGCCAAAAACCAGAUUAGUUGCAUUAAGUUUUAUUCUUUUAGUAGAAAAUCACCCACGGAAGUAAUUUUAGCGUUUUUAGUGUUUAAGUUUUAACCGUCUAGACAAGUGAUAAAUGAUAUCGAUGAUUUCGUGUUCUGUUUGUUUUAUUAAAAAAGGAUGAUCAUUGUGAGGAUGAAAUUAUUUUAAAACGAUAAUAAAGGUGCAACAGAAUACUGGAAACAGAACGUGCUCAAAAUUGGAAACCACUGCCGUAGUCGGCAGAUUGUUUUCUAAAUUGGGAAUUAGUUUAAAAAAUACAUGCGAGAUAUAAAAAAAAACAAGGAAGGCGAAAUGCUUUAAGUAGUUCUAAUGAGUUAUUUUUGUAAUUCUUUUAUGCUUUAGAUAGAACGAUCUGUUGAAUGUAUAUUUAGUACGAAAUUGGAAAUUUAUGUUCUCAAAACGAGGAGAAGGAUUUUGAGCAGACACUAAUCGUAGCAAAAUUGUGAUAACCAAACAGAUAAAAGAGCACUCGUUGAAAGCACCAUCAAGUAAACAAACAAACCAUAAGUCCUUGAAGAAUCCUUUUCUUACAUAAGAAGAAAGUUGAAUGCAUGAUCUACAAUUCCAGGAAGAACAUAAAACAAGAAUCCAAUUAAAUUACAUACCAUAUUCUGCUAGUGUUAAUGUGGUCUAGUUUGUAGAGUUGUGUUGUAAGAACAAUAGAGUUAAAUAAUGAAUACAAAAUCAAGUUAAAAAAGACGGCCUUCGCAAAGGAGCUGAUUGAGAGCAUCGAUCGAACUGCUAAAUAGGAUUAGGACAUAUUUCAUCACACCGAACGUAAUCUCACGAAUUUUAACAUGUUUUGGAUAUUUGAUAGUCUAGAAUCAACUGGAAGAUAUGUGAACCAAUGGAACCAGGGAGUCAUUCGAUUGGAAUGUUGUUUUUCAUGGUGAAGCGUGAACAUACGAUAGUCUUAGAUAGUCUGGGCAAUCGUAUGAUACCGCAUACCCGAUACUGUAGCCUUAAAAAGUAGUAUAAUUCGAUUGAAUAUGACCCAACAGGAUAUAUCAAUUCAAUUCAAAAAUGGCUGUUGAAUCAAUCUUGAAAACUACAUUUGCCAUAAUACAAAUGUCCGCAUAUACAUUUCCAUUGAAUUCGAUGUAAAACGAUAGAAUCCAACCAGUGGCUGAAUAGAUUGAUUGCUCAGAGUUCAAUUCAAUGAGAGGCUAUGAACAGCGCUGUGAAUAUGGUCUGGGAAGGACUUUCGUAUUGCAAUUGUUGAGUACACAAGCAGCAUUUCCAAUUUUUGUUCAAAAAGACUUUCAAUUUUUUAUUGAUCUGAUUUGUUGUCAAUGCAAACCAAACAAAAUAUGAUUGAAAGUUUCGUUUGUUUCGUAAACAGGAAGAAAGUUAUAUGGGCUAUGAGCACAUUAUGUUCCGAUGCAUCACCCUAUUAGCGCUUUUUAACUUUUGUAAUUUAUUGGUGAUAAUAACACUUAAUGCCGCAAAGUUAUUCAUGUUUGAUGUGGAAGGAAUGCGUAUCAAGAAUUCGCUAUAUCGCUAUAUCCUUCGCAUGUAAGAUGUACAAAAUUAUGAUUUGAAAGUGAAUCGAUCGAAUGACUUCAAGUGUUUAUUAGUUUAUUUAACAACGGUUGAGUCUUCUCAGAGAAAAUACAAAUGUAGAAGCAAUAUUCCAGAAAAGUUAACAUACCCCCUCCCUUCACAACCACCCGAGAACCUCAUCUCCCAUCGAGAAUGGCAGCCUUCGCCGCACACGCAUGAGUAGGACACCGAAUCACACCGAAAGACUUUUAGAAACCCGAAUUUGGCCUUUGAUAGUAGAGAUUUGUAUUUAGAUGGAGAGACAGACAAUUUUUCAUAUUAUAGGAUUAAACAACCAAUGUGCAAAACCACCAUUUUGACCCACAUCCACAUCCCAACCAGCUCUAUUGAUAGUAUGAUAUUUUAAAAUUCCACUAUUAUCUACAACAAUCAUUACUACAACUAAACUUGUGUGAAUGUUUUAUUUCUGCUGGCAGUUCAAUGGAUAUUACUAUAACAAAUUAUACAACCAGCGAAAUCAAGUUCAUGUGUUGAGAAAUUACAAUUUUUUGCCAGUUGUAGUAUUUAGGCGAGGAAGUCUAUAGCUUGAUUGUUAGUUGGUCAGUAGGUACCUACUACUCAAUACUACUGCAACACACAUACAAAACACACACCAUAAACCAGUCAAUGGGAUAAGAAACGUUUAAUUCUCUAGCGGUAUAACAAUAUAAAUGCGUAUUAAUUGAUAAUUAAUAAUUUAACAACAGUUCGAGUUAGUUUAUAGGAUGUGCGUUUUAGUGAUUGUGAUCUAGGGUUGAGGAUUUCCUGAUCCACCUGGAGAGUAUAACAGAAGAAUUACUAAACUUGAAUGGCGUGUAAGUGUAGUGACCACAGCAGCUCUGUUGCUGACGAGAGCAGUCCUGUACAAUGGAGAAUAAAUAUUUUAACUGAAAAAUGAA